CCUUGAUUAUCAUUUCAUUACGCGUUCCGAUCAAAGUGAGUCCUAAAUACUUUCUUCGUGUUCUGAACAGUUAAAUAUAGUUUCUCAUUCCGAGUGUAUUUCGAAAGAAAAACAUGAAAAUCUUUUUUUUAAUAACGGCUGUGUUUGUGGCGGAGAAAUUUACUUUCUCAUUAUGUCAAAGGUCACCAACAAUAUCGUACAUUUCUCAGGAGCAAAUUAAAGAUAUAGGUGGGAAUGCGGAGAUUGUCUGCUCUGUUUCGUACGCCGAAGAGUAUCCUGUUCUGUGGUCUAAGACGGACAAAAAGAAACAGACAUCUUUACUCAUCUCUACCGGAACGACGUUGAUUUUGAAGAGCGAGCGAUUCAAGAUAAGACAUGUUCCCGCCUCCAUGUCUUACGUUUUGACGAUAAAUGAUCUUCAAGAAACGGACGCUGGAGUGUACCAGUGCCAGGUGAUAAUCACCCUACAAAACAAAAUCACAGCCGAAACGGACCUGGUCGUUCGGCGCCCACCCGUCAUUUCGGACAACUCUACUCGAUCACUCGUUGUCAGCGAGGGUCAAUCAAUACAGCUCGAGUGUUACGCCAACGGGUUUCCACCCCCGAAAGUCUCCUGGAGGAGAGAGAACAAUCGCGCUUUGGCAACCGGAGCCUCAAUUUACCGGGGUAAUGUUCUCAAGAUCGCAAACAUCACCAAAGACGAUCGAGGAACAUACUACUGCACGGCUGAGAACGGAGUUGGACGUGGAGCCGGACGACACAUCGCUGUUGAAGUGGAGUUCCCACCCUCCGUCAAAGUUGUGAGACCGAGACUUGGCCAAGCACUCCAAUACGACAUGGAUCUCGAGUGUCAUAUUGAAGCUUAUCCUCCCCCGGCAGUGAUUUGGAUGAAAGAUGACGUUGCUUUGACUAAUAAUCAACAUUACAGUAUAUCACAAUACGCCACAGCUGAUGAGCUGACAGAUACAACGCUGCGUGUGAUCACCAUCGAAAAGAGGCAAUAUGGAAAGUAUCAAUGCAAAGCAGCAAAUAAACUCGGUUCUUCAGCCGGAGAAGUUGAGCUUUUUGAAACCGUCAUUCCAGUAUGUCCUCCGGCUUGUAACAAUAAUUAUUAUGGGAAGUAGAAGUAGAAUUCCUGCGAUAUGCGCGGUAUGGACGAGGAAAUUUCCCGUUGAUUUUUCAUGGCGUCAUCCACAAAAAUAUAUGAUGUAGAGAUAAACAGAUGAUGCUCUAGAAUAUGUGACAUGAGCAAUCCAAUAUAUCGGCGUUACUUUGUAAAAUGUCAUGUAAUCUACACUUUGGAAAUAAGUCUGACUUUUAAUUAAUUUAAGACUUCAUCGUAAUAUUUAAUGGAAAAGCUGGAGGGGUGUGAAGUUUCGCACCCGGUCAGUAAUCUUUUCUUCGACAUUGCUUUUGACUAAGGUAAUAUUCAGUGACUUUAUCUGCAUAAAGUAUUAUUUUGUUAAAAUGUACAUAUCUAUCUAAAUAAAAUCGUUGAGAGUUUUGCAA